CAGCCUUUAUCGCCGCCGCCAUUCAGCUCACCACCGCCAUCUCACCGUCGUUCGGUUGUCCUUCACCGUCCAGUCUGCCGUAGCCUCCAACCACUCUGCUCUUUCGGAAGCUUUUUCGCGUCUCAUCGCAGCUCCAAUUCGGUGGUCGCCCGUCCUCCGUCCGUCUGCUGCUCGUGAUCGGCGUUCUUGCUCCUUCUCCCUCAAUCGCUGCUCUGAAAUCCUGAAUCUCUGUUUGUUCAUUAUUUUUUUAUGAGGAAGAAAAAGCAACCUUGACAAGCCAUUGCAAGAAACACCUUGACAACCCUGAACCCUCAUCACUCUCAGUCUCAGUCUCACUCUCUAAGGAGUUCACUGCUACACUCACUCAUCACAACGCCAACGCCAACACCAGCCUCCACCCCUCCACUCAGUCACUCCUCGCCGUGGCCUCCGGUCAUUCGGUAGUUUGCCGCCUCUGUUCGCUCUUCGGCCUCUAUUCGCCCCUGCUUGCCACUUCUGUGGCACUUUACACACAAAUAUUCAAAGUCCCUUGACGGUUGGCACCAAUCAUGGACGAAGAAGAGAAACCUCAUUCUCCUCCUCAACCUCUUCCCAACGAUGACGAACAUUCUAGAAGAAACCGCAUCAUUGCUAAACUCAAAGACUCUCUCUUGUCUCAGCUCGCCGAAUCCAACCCCUCCCUCUCCCUCGAAACACGCCAUGUUUCCUCCCUCAUUCAGCAGCGUCUCAAGAAGAUGUUUCCUUCUUUCCACACCCCCACGCACCCUCCUUAUGCAUUGAUGAUACAUAGGGCAAUAUCGGAGCUAAAUGAGAAUAAAGGGUCCACUGAAGAAGAAAUUUCUAAUUUCAUUGUAAAGGAGUAUGAGGAUUUGCCAUGGGCACAUAAGAAGAUUUUGGGUAUUCAAUUGGAGAAGCUUUGCCAGGAUGAGGAGAUUGUGUGUAAUGAGGGUGGUAGAUAUGUUCUACAGGCUGAUGGUGAUGGAAUAGAUGGUGAUCGGAAGGGGAGACAGGAAUGUAAGAGUAAGAGGAAGAAGAGAGGAAAGAAGAGAAGUCAGCAUAGCAUGGACGGAGGUGGAGAGCGAAAGCAGAAAAGAGUAAAAAUCUGUGAAGAGGUUGAGAAGAGUGAUAAGCCUAAAGAGGGAAGAGAUGAGGCACUACAUCAGGUUUAUGAUUUAGGUGAUGUUAGGACUGAUGAGCCAAUUAGUGUGGUGAAAUGGACAGAAGAGAAGGGGGAAGAAGCACUUGACCAGUCAGCUGAAAGGGUUGGAGAGCAGAUUAAACCACAAGGGGAUGGAGUUGUAGAACAAUAUGUUGAAGCAGGGCCUCUAGCACAGGAGUUACAGGAUCAGUACUCCAUAGUGCACCCGGAAACAAUUUGUUCAUCCCUCCCAACUGUGCUGAAUGUUAUUGAUUACCAGAAGCCACUUGAUCUUUCGGGUUCAGAAUGUGUACUGUCAGAGGGACAAUUGAAACAACAGAUGUCUUCUUUGGAUGUUCCUGAACAAAAGCAAGAUGGGAAUUCAGUAUCUGGUGAUCCUGAGAAGCAUUCUCCAAAGCGCCAAUGCAGAGGGAGGCACCUGAAACCUAAGCCAGUUGCAGACGAUCAGGAGGAGUCCUUUUUACCGUUACGUGACCUUAUUCUUGAUGGACAAACGCCCAAGGUAAAUAUUAUUGAGAAGCAGUGGCAGUCAUCUCCUCAAGUUCAAGUUGCAGGUCAAGGAAGGCACAAGGAACCAACAAUGUUUAAAAACAAAGCUAUGUUAGCUCCUGAGAAUGUUCAUAAUGAUCAGCUGCUGCAUGGAAAUCAAGGAUAUGAGAAUCCGAUGUCUGGGAAUGCUGAGGAUCGUCUAGCUAAGCGUCCCAGAGGAAGGCCCCGUAAGUUAGAGACUGAUGCAAACAACCCAAGGGAGUAUAGUCGUGGCAGAGGCAGAGGUAGUGGUCUAGGUCGAGGUCGAGGUCGAGGUCGAGGUCGAGGUCGUGGUCGUGGUCGUGGUCGUGGUCGUGGUCCGGGAAGGCCUUGUAAAAUAGAUCAAGAUGCAAACCAUUCUGAGCAGCAACUGCAAACGGAUGAUCAAGAUAAGCAGUUACAGAAAGAUGAUCAAGAUCAGCAGAACUCUAUGGGUAGGGAUAGGGGUAGGGGUAGGGGUAGAGGUAGAGGCAUCAGCGGAGGCGGAGGUGAUGGUGCAGGUCGAGGUAGAGGCAAGGGGAGUGGUAGGGGGAGAGGGAGGCCUCGGAAAAUAAGGCUAGACACAAACACAAACCAAUGUGAGGAGCAGUUACAAUCACAAGAUCAUGCUGAAGGUCUGGUUAACUUAGAUAAUCCAAUUGAGGACGAUAAUCAAAGUUUGCAGCAGAAGCAACAACCAGAUGGUCAGCAGCAACAAGAGCGAGAUCAAGAUUUGGUUUCAGAAUCAAAACCUGAAACAGAAGAGGCCUCUAAACCUGAUUUCGGAUUAGAACCAGAGCCACCGGUUGAGACUCAAUUACAAGCACUUCAACCUCAGGAUAAUAUGGCCUCUUAAACCAGAUCCAAGGCAGCCCUAGCUGCUCUUCUAUGCUUAGCAACCUCUAUGAGGUUGGAACCCUGGACUUUCUCUGACAAGUCUUUCACUUUUCGACCCAAGUUAGGCGCAUGGAACAGAGUCUUUGCCUUUUUCUCGACAAACCAGAUCCUGAUUGAUUUUGCAUGUGAAUUGAAGUUUGGAAUAUGAAGUUAACUCAGAAGCAAUUUUCUUGUGGGAUCUGGAGUUUGUCAUUCUUGUAGCUUGCAGUAGAUAUUUCAAUCAAAGUUUAUGGAGUAUCACCGUUUAUUUCAAUCAUUUUGUUCCUUUUUUUUUUUUU